AUGGCCGAACCAACGUCAGAACUGGAACAAUUUCGCCAACGGUGGAAAGAAGAAGUCAGCGCCCGCACCAGGAAGCCAGAAAAGAAAUCUGCUCCGUUGUCUCAGCACAGACAGCGAAGGACCAGCGAUGGCCGACCCGACAGACCCGUCAACAAGCCCCCGACUCGCCACCCCGCAGCAGACAUCAAACAAGAUGAUUCCGACCACUACAGCGAUGCAGAUCAGGCGGGCGGUAGCAGCUCGACCGCCAUCCAACAGCGUUUGGAAGGACUGAUGGUUCGUAAUGUGGACGACGACGACUUCACCGCGAGUGCCUCGUCCAAGAAAGAACCCACAGGCGCGUUGGAACAUUUCGAGCGUGCUGUCGAAAAGGAGAGUCAGGGAAAUCUGGGCGACAGCCUCUCUCACUACCGCAAAGCAUACAAGCUCGAUGCUAAGGUUGAUCAGUCAUACAAGAACAAGCACUUUCCUCAGCCAAAGUCAAAGCCGUCCAACCCAAACCCUUCCAACGCCCCUGUCACGGUCCCUUCAACCGCCCACCACUCCCUCAAAGAACCUGCCGCGGAGAAGCUGACAUUUUCUCAACUGAUUGACUCCUUUGCUCACUCUCAAAUUCAAGGCGCCCCGCCCAUGAUUGAAGGCGACCGUCCUCCGCCGUGCGGGAUCAAGAAACUCCCCGCAGAAGUGCUGUUGGAGUUGCUACAACACAUAGCCAUCCGCGAUCCGGCUAUUUAUGUUCGACUGUCUUUGGUUUGCAAGAAGCUGGCAUAUCACGUCAUGACCGACAAUGCCGUUUGGAAACGUGUGGCUCUGGGUCCUGAGUUUGGCCUCACUAGUCAACGGUACGACUUCAACACCGACUUGCAAGGCCGUGAAAUCAUUUUCCGCGCCCUGGAUGAAGAUCUUGUAGAUGAGGACUCGUCGUCCCAUUUACUCGUGACGGAACUUCCAUUCCCAAAAGACACCAUCUGGCAGGACAUCUUCCACAACUAUCCGCGCAUCCGCUUCACCGGGGUGUACAUCUCCACGGUGAACUAUACUCGACCGGGUGGUGCCUCUGUCUCGGCAAGUACUUGGAUUAACCCCGUCCACAUCGUCACAUACUACAGGUAUCUGCGUUUCUUCCGCGACGGAACCUGCAUAUCUCUUCUCACCACCAACGAGCCCAUUGAGGUGGUUCACCACCUGACGCCGGAGAACCUCAACUUCGUCCGUUCGGGAAGAAAAGAAGCAGCACACCCUUUGAACUUCACCUCUUCGGCACCCGCGCUGCUCAAAGAAUCCGGCCCCUCCGCUGCCACACCGGGCGGCAGCGGAGCUGGCACCAACACCAACACAGCCGCACCUCCCCCGUCUGCCCGAGACGUCAUGAAACACGCACUCCGAGGCCGCUGGCGCCUCUGUCACCCGAGCCUUGACUCCCCAGCCACCGCCGAAUCUACCAAGCCCAGUCACAGUCAAGCCGCAAGCCAGUCGGCUAGCCCUACGCCCACCAUGUCCCCAGGGGACCUGCACAUCGAAACCGAGGGCGCCGGUCCACGGUACAUGUACACGAUGCACCUGUCCCUGCGAUCCGCGGGCUCGGCCCGCUCGCGGCACACGACCAAGAACAACAAGCUGGUGUGGAAGGGAUUUUGGAGCUACAACGUGCUCACCAACGACUGGGCCGAGUUCCAUCUCAGGAAUGACAAGCCCUUUUACUUCUCGCGCGUCAAGGGCUACGGACUUGGGCAUUAA